CACAAUGCCAGUUAAAUUAUCUCAGCCGUCGAUUACACAAUAGUGAUCGGUUAAAUAAUAGUAGUAAAAUUAUAAUUUUAAAUUAAACCAUGACAGCUGGUAUAGAAGAAGUGAAAGUUUUAGAAAGUGGACUAAAGCUAUUUCUCAGAGGUGGAAAAUGUCUGCAAUUUGAAGACUGCUGGCUGCGAGAUCACUGUAGGUGUACAUCGUGUUAUCACGAGAGUACAUUCCAGCGAGCACAGCAUAUCCUGGACAUUCCUGAGUCCAAAAUUGUGUCAGCAAGCAGCAAGGAGUCCAACCUGUAUGUUAAAUGGGAAGACGGACACCAAUCGGUAUAUGAUAUAAAAUUUCUAUCACAAUUUGAUUACGACGAGUGGAAUGAGAGGCGAACACUAAAACCUGUUUUAUGGAAUGGUCCAGAAGUAGUUCAAAAGUUGACUAAAAUACCAGUUGAAAAGUUUCUUGGAUCUGUGGAUGGAGCCAGGAUAGUGUUCCAGAAUCUUCUAGACUACGGCGUUGCCUUAAUUGACGGGGUUGAACCAACAACAAGCGCAACACAAGUAGUUUGCGAGGCUCUUGGCGGAAUUCAGCAUACGCUCUUUGGAGGUAUGUGGGAGUUCACCACCAGGGCCGACCACGCCGAUACCGCCUACACGAACAUACCGCUGGCUGUACAUAAUGAUAACACGUAUUUUACUGAAGCAGCGGGGCUUCAAAUUCUACAUUGCCUUGAGCAUUCGAACGGGAUCGGAGGUGAAACAAUUCUCGUGGAUGGAUUUUAUGGGGCCCUAAAGAUGAAAGAAGCCUCUCCUGAGGACUACGACUUUCUGACCAAGUUCCACGUGGAAGCGGAAUAUAUAGAGGAGGGACAUCAUCAGAAGUAUUGUGCGCCGGUUAUUAGAGUUAAUUCAGAUACAAAUAAGUUGGAGCAGAUAAGGUUCAAUGUAUAUGAUCGGGCACCCAUGGCAUUUGCUGAUAGCAAACAAUGUCGGUCUUACUAUCGCUCCCUGAGGAACUUGGCGCGGUACUAUCAGGACCCAGCCAAUCAAUGGAAAUUCAAGUUGAUUCCAGGCACAGUAAUGGCGAUGGAUAAUUUCCGAGUGUUACACGGCCGGACUGGGUUCUCUGGGCAUAGAGUGCUCUCCGGUUGCUACGUGUCGCGAUCUGAUUGGCUGGACAAAGCACGCACACUUAGACUUAUUGAAUGA